AUGAUUCGUGAUAAGGUUAAACAAGCACAGGAUCGUCAGAGGAGUUAUGAGGAUAACUGUAGGAGGCCUUUGGAGUUUGUGGAAGGUGACCAUGUAUUCUUAAAGGUUACUCCGAGAUUAAGGUUGAAAGGACCAUUUAAGUCAUUGUUACUAGAUGCGAUUGAGAUAGAAUCAGAUUUGACCUUUGAACCUUUACCUAGCCGCAUUGUGGGGAAAGAGAUUAAGGUGUUGAGAAAUAAGGAAAUUCCUCUUGUUAAGGUUCAGUGGGAUGUAACGCAUCCAGGUGAUGCUACGUGGGAGCUUGAAUCGGAAAUGCAGGAUGCUUACCCUCACCUUUUCAGGUUGGGAUAG